CAUGUGAGAUUAAUUUGGACUAAACCCGGCCCAGCCCAUAAGCUUCCUUCCUUACCCGCCUUUUCUUCUUUACUCCAUCCACGACUCCAUUUCAAUCUCACUGUUUACUUCUUUUGACGAAAUCGACUUCGCGGUAACGCAGUUUCAGGUUCUGCCCUGUACUCAGAUUUUUGUGUUGCUGGAAAUGAAAUUUUAUUAAGAGUAAUAAGAAGACAUCUGAGUCUUGCUAGUGAAACCCAAGAAAAAUUGAAGUUGCUUCUUACAGUUGGCAGCUAGGUAACUCUAGAAUUAAUACAAUGAGUGACCUCCCACCAUAUCCUCCGAUCGAGCCCGCUACCUUUGACCUCAUUAUAAUUGGAACUGGCUUACCGGAAUCUGUAAUUUCUGCGGCAGCAUCUGCAGUUGGGAAAUCUGUCCUUCACCUAGACCCUAACCCUUUCUAUGGAUCUCACUUUGCCUCCCUUACCAUCCCAGAUAUUACUUCCUUCCUAAAUUCCCAUUCUACCGUUUCCUCUGAUGACCAUGAUCUCACCACCCGCCCACUCUACUCUGAAGUAGAGAUUUCUAAUUCAGCUCCUGAACUUCUCAAUAAACACUCUAGAAAAUUUUAUUUAGAUUUAUUAGGACCUAGGGCUUUAUUUUGUGCCGACCUAUCAGUGGAUUUGUUGUUAAAGUCAGGGGCAAGUCAGUAUGUUGAGUUCAAAAGUAUUGAUGCAAGUUUUGUGGGGGAUGGUGAUGGGAAGUUAUGGAGCGUGCCAGAUUCGCGUGCAGCAAUAUUUAAGGACAAAAGUUUGGGGUUGAUGGAGAAGAAUCAGUUGAUGAGAUUCUUUAAACUUGUUCAGGGACACUUGAGCGAAAGUGAGCAUGAAGACAAUAACAUGAAAAUCUCAGAGGAGGAUUUGGAGAUACCUUUUGUUGAAUUUUUGACGGCAAUGAAGUUGCCACAGAAGAUUAAAUUGAUGAUUCUAUAUGCAAUUGCAAUGGCAGAUUAUGAUCAAGAAAAUACAGAGGUUAGUAAAGACGUACUAAAGACAAAAGAUGGAAUAAAUCGAUUAGCUCUCUACAAUUCAUCUGUUGGCAGGUUUCAAAAUUCACUUGGGGCUUUGAUAUAUCCUAUUUAUGGGCAAGGGGAGCUACCACAAGCAUUUUGUCGCCGUGCAGCUGUCAAAGGUUGUAUUUAUGUUUUGCGUAUGCCAGUGAUUUCUCUGCUUAAGGACGAGGAAAGUGGGUCCUAUAAAGGUGUUAAAUUAGCUUCAGGCCAAGAUAUAUUCAGCAACAAGCUGGUCCUAGAUCCAUCCUUUACAGUUCCAGGAACAUUAGCAACUCCUCCAUCUGAGCAAUUGCCAGAAUAUUUACUUGCUUAUAAUCCCACAGAUGUUAAUAGGAAGGUGGCUAGGGGAAUAUGCAUCACCAAGUGUUCUUUGAAACCAAAUAUAUCAAAUAUUAUGGUGGUGUAUCCUCCUAAAUCUUUGUUUCCAGAGCAGGUUGCUGCAAUCCGAGUUCUUCAGCUGGGUAGCAAUUUAGCUGUUUGUCCUUCGGGCAUGUUUGUGCUGUAUUUUUCAGCUUUGUGUGCUGAUGCUGAUCAAGGAAAGAAGUUGCUACACGCAACCUUGAAUGCACUUGAGAAACUUCUUGAUUCUGAAAAUGCUGAAAGUAGCUCUACAAUUCAAGGCAAGGAUCCAGAAGAAGUAAAACCCUCUAUACUGUGGAGUGCAUUGUAUGUUCAGGAUCUUGUAAUGGGUCAAUAUGCAUCUAUUAGCUCAACUAUAAUGCCAGAUGGAAAUCUGAACUACACUGAUCUUUUGAAUGCUACUGAGAAGCUAUUCCACAAGAUAUAUCCAAAUGAAGAAUUCUUUCCAGAGACUACUUCACCUGAUAAUUCUGUGGAUGAUGCUGGCCUUACUCUAGAGACAUGAAAGUACUUUUCUGCUCAAAAUUAUGGCUUACGAAAUGCAGCUGCUCUUUCCGGUACUGUUUCCUGUGAUCAACACUGUUUGUUUUGUUUUCAUGAUUUUGAAGGCAUUCGCACAGAAUUUGGGCACUUCUAUAUAUGAUUCCAGAACUUAGCGAGGAGAUGGAACUAUGAUUCUUUCCUGUGAGUUACUGAUAGUGCUGCCUUUCUUUCUGUUGCAGAACAUUGGAACACUGAUCCGGGUGACAUCUCUUGUGUUGUAUUUGUGCCUUAUUGCUUUGAUAACUUAAUACUCUUUUAUCACUCUGUACAUGAACACAAUUUUCUUUUUUCUCUAAGGAGAAAUUGGAAGGACAGUUAUUGGCA